AUGAAGCACAAGUUGGUGACUCUAUUUCUUAUUGUGGCAACCAAUCUAUUCACCAUCUAUAUCUUGACAGGCCCCCACUCCAAGUGCCAAUACUUCCCCACAAAUACAAUCUCAACCGCAACAACAGCCUCUCAGCCACUCUUCCAAGAACUCAAUGCCACCCGCUCCCACCUCACCGACCUCAAAACCGAGCUCCACUCGGCCCGUGCCCUCACCCGAGACCUAAUCAACCAACUCCGCCAACCCACCACCACCACCACCACCUACGACGACCUUCUCCGCACCAUCUCAGACGAAGCCAGACUCAGCAUCGGGCCCCACAAGCUCCCUUUCGGCCACAACCCCCGCAUGGGCUCCGACCAGAUCUACUUCUCGGUCGGGUCCGGCUGCCUGAAGCACGCGCACGACCUCGACAAAUACAUGUCGUACGAGAUCGGCCGCGACUGCCCCUCGGACGACGCCCUCUCCCAGCUCCUCAUGCUCCGCGGCUGCGAGCCCCUCCCCAGGCGCCGCUGCCACCCCAAGUCCCCGCACAACUACAUCGAGCCUGCCCCGCUGCCCGAUAGCCUGUGGGCCACCCCGCCCGACUCCAGCAUCGUGUGGGACCCCUACACCUGCAAGAACUACACCUGCCUCAUCGAGAGGAGGAACGGCCCGGGCUCGUACGACUGCAAGGACUGCUUUUACUUGCAAGGCAGGGAGAAAGUUAGGUGGCUCCACGACAACGGAGGGCUUGAUUUCGGGAUAGAUCGAGUCCUCGCCGCGAAACCGAAAGGCACAAUCCGGAUCGGGCUCGAUAUUGGGGGCGGCUCGGGCUCGUUCGCCGCCCGGAUGAUGGAAAGGAACGUGACCAUAGUCACGACCUCGAUGAAUUUCGACGGGCCUUUCAACAGUUUUAUUGCGUCCAGGGGGCUCAUCUCGAUGCACAUGACCAUCUCGCAGAGGCUCCCGUUUUUCGAGAACACGCUCGAUAUCGUGCACUCGAUGCACGUUAUAAGUAACUGGAUUCCUGAUGCGAUGCUGGAGUUCACUCUCUACGAUAUAUACAGGGUGCUCAGGCCCGGGGGACUCUUCUGGCUCGACCGAUUCUUCUGCUUCGGGUCGCAGCUCAACGGGACGUACGUGCCCAUGUUUGAGCGGGUCGGGUUCAGGACGCUGAGGUGGAAUACGGGCAUGAAGUAUGACCGUGGGGUCGACAAGGACGAGUGGUAUUUCUCGGCUUUGUUCGAAAAGCCCAUGUCUUGA